UGUAAAAUAAUAAUUUGUCCUAUGGACAAUAAAUUCGAAUUUUUACUCAUUGUUUUUCUAUAUUUGCAGUACCCGAUUUUAAAGUCUUUUUUGGCGGGCUCGUUCUCCGGGACAUUCUCCACGAUCCUCUUCCAACCGCUGGAUUUAGUGAAGACCAGACUUCAGAGUAGAAUUAAUGCCCCUGUCGGAUCGCUAAAAAAUGGAAUGCUGGGCACAGUGGCGCACAUCGUUCAGAAGGAGAAUGUCUUCGGACUUUGGAAGGGUAUGACACCGUCGAUAACUAGAGUAAUUCCUGGUGUGGGUUUGUAUUUUUCAUCGCUACACUGGCUGAAACACACUUUCAAUCUUGAAGAACCCCUGACAGCUCUGCAAGCUAUUUCUUUGGGCAUUACCGCAAGGUCCAUGUCCGGCGCCUUGCUAAUUCCUAUCACUGUUGUGAAGACUCGAUUUGAGAGUGGUAUUUACAAGUACAACGGUAUCAGCGAAGCUCUUACGUUGAUCUAUAAGCAAGAGGGAGUAAGAGGUUUAUCGAGUGGUUUGGUUCCUACUCUUCUACGAGAUGCACCUUACAGUGGUUUAUAUCUCAUGUUUUACACCCAAUUAAAAAACGCGGCUGCCAGUACAGAAGCGACAAACAAUUCGUCGACACCGGUACACUUUAGCUGUGGAAUCCUGGCUGGAAUUUUAGCAUCCAUAGUGACGCAACCACCGGAUGUUAUCAAGACGAAGAUACAGUUGUACCCGAAUGAAUUCCAUGGUAUCUGUCACGCAACAUUCUUCAUUUACAAAAAGUAUGGCAUUUUAGGAUAUUUCAAGGGUAUCAUUCCUAGAAUGCUGAGGCGGACUUUAAUGACCACUAUGGCUUGGACCGUGUAUGAACAGAUUACGAGGCAAAUUGGUUUGAAGUAAAUACGCUGUUGUUAUACGAAUUAUUUUAUAUCAGAAGAUUGUGAUGUACAGUAUUA